AUUUGUAACCAGAGGGGAACCCGCCCCAGGGACUGCAGUGGGGUUACUCCUGAUCUAUGCGAGUCCAUUGGCUCCUGUCCAGCCCUGAGGCCAGGAAGAGCCGCCCUGCCAGAUGCUGGGAGCCCGUUGCCCACACUCCAGCGCUGCCCUGCUCUCAGCCGUCCUCCUCCUGCACGUUCAGGCUGCAGUGGCUGUGAGUUUCCAGGUGCUGGUUCCCACCAGCCCCCUCUCCGCCCCGCUGGGGGGCACUGUGCUGCUGCCCUGCCACCUCUCCCCCGCGCUCAGCGCCCAGGCCAUGCAGGUGAAAUGGAGCCAGCCCCAGCUAGGCCAGGACGUCCACGUGUACCUGCCGGAUGGGAGCGAGGUGCAGGGUGAGAGGUACCGGGGCAGGACGGAGCUCCUGCGGGACGAGAUCCAGAGAGGCAGCCUGGCCCUGCGGAUCUGGAACCUCACCCUGCGGGACGAAGGGCGCUACCUCUGUGACUUCCAGUCCGACACCUACUUCAGUGAUGCCGCGUUGGAGCUCCGCCUGACGAGCUCUGGUUCGGAUCCCCUCCUCCACGUCGGUUUGUACGAGGACAAGGGGGUCUCGGUCACAUGUCUAUCUGCAGGGUGGUACCCGGAGCCCAAUGUGCUCUGGAGAAACAGCCAUAAAAAAAUCCUGAGUCCAGAGUCCGAACGGAAACUGCAAAGUGACGACGGCUUAUUCAACGUCUCCAGCACCGUGGUGAUGACCGAGAGCUCGGAUCCAGCACUGACCUGCACCCUCAGCCCUGGCUCGCCCGACCCAGAGAAAGUAUCGGCCAUUUUCAUCUCCGACACUUUCUUCCCCAGAGUUUCCUCCUGGCGGGUCCCCCUCUUUGUAAUCCUGACGAUCUGUGUUUGCUUCCUCGCCUUGGCUGCCCUCUGCCUAUGGAGGAUUCACAAAAAGAAAGAGGAAAGCCACGGCAGACCAAGUUGGAAAGAAGCAUUUCUCAAAGCCGCGGACGUGACCCUGGACCCAAAAACAGCUCACCCCAGUCUGGAGCUGUUUGCAGAGAGGAAGGGCCUAAGGAACACAGGUCCAAGACAAUCACUGCCUGAAGGCCCGGGGAGAUUCGACGUUUACUCCUGCGUGCUCGGCUCCGAUGGCUAUGAGUCGGGGAUGCAUUACUGGGACGUGGAGGUGGCCGGCACAGGGGGCUGGGCUUUGGGCGUCACCAGGGAGUCUGCCAGCAGGAAGGGAUGGUUCAUGUUCAGCCCCAAGCAAGGCACGUGGGCCAUCCAGCUCUCCAGGGGCCAGUACCGGGAAGUCACUCCAGAAUGGAGCCCGCUGGACCCGCCCCAGAACCCUGGCAAGGUCAGAGUGUAUCUGGACUAUGAAGGAGGGGUUGUGUGCUUCUACGAUGCUGACACCAUGGCCCCCCUCCACGCCUUCACUGCCCUCUUUACGGGGAAGAUCUACCCGUUCUUCUGGCUCUGGUCUGUAGGGACCUGCCUUAGACUGUGUCCCUGAGCCUUUCCCAGCCCGAUCUCUGCACAUGCAAACCUGCUGAUGCAACACACCAGCCAUCACAAUGGGUCGGUGGGGAGGGAUGGAAGAGACGCAUGUAUAGGCUGUUGGCCAUGUUUUAUUAGUGACGACCCCUUGCUGGAAGGCUGUUUUCACACUACGUAAAUGGAAAUAAACCUGUUCUUCAAAAAAGAAAAGCAAAUUCCAUCACACGCAAAGGUAACAUCCCCCUCUGACAAAGUGGAAAUCGUCUGUGAUAUUUUUAUGACACCUAUACGUGCCUCAGUUUCCCUUACAUGCUGCAUUGUUACCCAGUGGGGGGGGGAAAGAGCUGUUUGCUCUCAGGGCAGGCUAAGAGACAUAGGUGUGGGUGUUGCCCUGCUGUCUGGGCCUCAGUCCCCAUAUCAGUGGAGCAUCUGGGAAGACCAUAGCAAAUCCAGUCACCAGGACAUUGGCACCUACCAUCCAAGGACCCAGAGGGAGAUGGAUUCCGUCUCCGCAGGGAGCUGAGCAACAUCCGCCAGCUGGAGAACAGAGGACUGGAGAUGGGGAGGUUGGGGUAUAAGAUUUGGGUGCUCACCUGGAGUCUGACCAAAGAGGUCAGACGGGGAGACAGAUGGAGCUUGACCAUGGGGGUUCACUACAGCUUGGCUGGGCUCUGGGCUGACCAGAAAGGUCUAUGCUUUAAUGUUCAGUUCUCUGUGCUAACCUAGGGACUUCCUAGGCUGUGUCCAGCUGACUAAUAAACCUGACUGUUUGG